CAGUGACGAAGUUCGUCUUGGACGAACUCAAACCCCAUUUUGGCAAGAGACUCCUCGGUCACCACUUCCUAAUAUUGACAGCCCCUCGGCUGCAUAGUUGGUGGGUCAUGGACAAGAGGGUGGCGUCAGAUGGGGGACAAGGGAGGCGACGGAAAGAUGGGAGCCCUGAACCCGUGAAAGGAGAUUCGGGCCCCGUCGAGACAAAGACGAAGAAGGGCUUCCAGUCCUUGGUCGACCCCUUCUUGUCACUGGGUGCACAAUCUAGACCCCUGUCUGGUGCGACGAUGAUCACACCGACCAAUAAUGACUUGCACCUAGCACAUUUGCGUUUCCUCGAAAACUGUGAUGAUGUCCAACCAUACUUUAUUGAACAUAUGGGUGCUUUGGUGAAAACGUAUCCACAACGUUCUAAUGAUGAGGAGUGGCUCAAGAACAAGCAAAACGAAACUUUCCCGGGCUGGUUUCGUAGAAAAAUUUCAACAGACAUGCUUGUGGAGAAUAAUACGGUAUCAACGGAACUAAUGUGGAUUGUAGAAAGGCCUAAUAAGGAUGUACCCACUUUCAGUGGGUAUAAAAUCAAUGGUGUGACCUACAGCACCAAAGAACGUGAUGAUAUGCGUCAAGUUCAGUGUAGUGGUGUUUGUGUAGAAGCUCAAACAAUGCUCAUUGUUGGUGGAUGUUGGGUGCAGUUUUAUGUCAUGAUCUGCACUUCAUGUCUCUUGGAGAGUCCUUGCCCUCCUGUACCUUUUUUUGCUUUAUGGGUGGAAUCAUACCGGUUGUUUUGGAAUGGUAAGGGCCUUGUGCUUCAAGCAAUUGAUUUAUACUUCGAGUUCAUGUCGCUGCUAGCAGUGCUUGUCCUCCUGUAUAUUGAUGUUGCUGUGUCUUAAGUUGUGUCCUCCUGAUGGAUACGUUGGGCCAUAGUUUUUUUGCUUUUUGGGUAUAACAAUAAUGCUGUUCACUUGGUGGCUUUUCCCAAGGUUUGUACUGUCAAGUUUUCUUGGUGGGUUUUUCCAUUUUGGUUUCUGCUCUAAGGUGUGUAUGAUUACUUUUAGAAUAGAUGAUUGAAGGAUGAAGCUGCUUCAAGGAUAUUAACGAAAUGCUUGAAGGAUGAAGCUUGAGGGAUAUCCAUGUUGAUCAUGUUUUGGAGGCAUCAUCAUGAAAAAUUGCAGCACCAAAGCAGUUUCUUGAGCAAAAAAGUUGUUCUCUGGUU